CAAAGCAAUCAACUGUGCACGGAAUUCCACUGGUCACUUGGUCAGUCAGUCAUAGCUUAGAUCUCACCGAGUGCGGUCGUGUGUAUCCCAGCGUCUCUCGUCAACCCACCGUCAAUAGCUUAGAGACUUCCUGCUACAUCUCAUUAAAAGAGGAAUAGAUUUCUCUUUUCUUUCGGCUUUCAUAGCAAAAACAGAACCCCCAUUUAAAACAUGGCAGCCAAGAUCAAGGCCGGACCCGUCGUGGACAUCCUCGGCGAUGAGAUGACCCGCAUCAUCUGGGACUCGAUCAAGGAGAAGCUGAUCCUGCCUUUCCUGGACAUCGAACUGCACACGUACGAUCUGGGCAUGGAGCACCGCGACAAAACCGACGAUCAGGUCACGAUCGAUUGCGCCGAAGCGGUCAAGAAGUACAACGUGGGCAUCAAGUGUGCCACCAUCACUCCGGACGAGGCUCGCGUCAAGGAGUUCAACCUGAAGAAGAUGUGGCGCUCGCCUAACGGAACCAUCCGUAACAUCCUGGGUGGAACGGUGUUCCGCGAGGCCAUCAUCUGCAAGAACAUUCCCCGGCUGGUGCCCGGAUGGGAGAAACCGAUCGUGAUCGGUCGUCAUGCCCAUGGUGAUCAGUACAAAGCCACGGACUUUGUUGUUCCAAGUGCCGGUAGCCUGGAAAUCAAGUUCACUCCAACUGAUGGAGGAGAACCAGUCAGCUACGUCGUUCACGAGUACAAGGGACCAGGAGUGGCAAUGGCUAUGUAUAACCUGGAUGAUUCGAUUAAGGACUUUGCUCAUUCCUCGUUCAAGGUCGCACUGGACCGCAAGUUCCCACUAUACCUCAGCACCAAGAACACCAUCCUGAAGAAAUACGAUGGCCGAUUCAAGGACAUCUUCCAGGAAAUCUACGACAAGGACUACAAGGCCCAGUUUGAAGCUGCAGGAAUCUGGUAUGAGCAUCGUCUCAUCGACGAUAUGGUUGCCUACUGCAUGAAGGCCGAAGGUGGUUUCGUAUGGGCUUGCAAGAACUACGACGGAGAUGUCCAGUCCGAUACCGUUGCUCAAGGUUUUGGAUCGCUGGGUCUGAUGACUUCGGUUCUGGUCUGUCCGGAUGGCAAGACUGUUGAAGCCGAAGCCGCCCAUGGAACCGUCACCCGCCACUACCGUCAGUAUCAACAGGGCAAGGAAACUUCGACCAACCCGAUUGCGUCGAUCUUUGCCUGGACCCGUGGUCUGCUGCAUCGUGCCAAGCUGGACAACAACGCCGAGCUGAAGAAGUUCGCCGAAACGCUGGAGAAGGUUUGCAUUGACACGAUCGAAUCCGGUAACAUGACCAAGGAUUUGGCUAUCUGCAUCAAGGGUAUGGCCAACGUCACGCGGGCUGACUACAUGGAAACAUUCGAGUUCAUGACCAAGCUGGGCGACAACCUGAAGGCUGCCCUGGCCUAAAUUAACCCGAAACGGGAGUUGGGGUUCAUGCAUGCUAAAAUGCGGGCAUUUAACGCUGUACUUUUAGGAUAAGCCGUACCACGGAAUUCUCAGAGAAAGCUGUUGCUCGAUACGUACUUUUUGUGUUGGUCCAAUUGAAUAUAUGUAUUGCGAGAUUUUUGUGUAGGUCUUUUUUGGAAAUAAAUCACAUCUUAUGACAACUAAGAA